CAUUACGCACACUUGAAGCCCUCGCUCCGGAGGAGACUCCCACGCCGCCGCUGCCGCUGUCUCUCCUCCAAACUUUUCCCCUCGUCUCUUUUCCACAACUUGUCACAUCUCUUGCAAAGGCUCGACACACCAACGUUUGGCUGCAUGGCUAUAUGAAAGUUUCAUGGACUUGGAAAACUUGGAAAACUUUCAGCGGGGCUUUAUUGGAGCUCGUCGCCUCUGUAGUUACUGUGGAUUACUGACAUACCGCAGGACCUUUGGCAGCUAUUUAUUGGGGGUUUUCCGUGUGUCCUUCGUCGAGGUUUGAGUCGAGAUGGGGAGCAAAGCCCUGCACGCUCCGAUCCCCCUGCACCCGGCGCUCCAGCUCACUAACUACUCCUUCCUGCAGGCCUUCAACACUUUCCCCGCUGACCAGCUGCAGGGGCUGUACGGCCUCAGCGCGGUGCAAACCAUGCACAUGAACCACUGGACUCUUGGUUACCCACACAUUCAAGGACUGAGGUCGACGAUCACGGAGAUGGCAGCCGCGCAGGGUCUGGUCGACCCCAGGAUCCCCUUCCCAGCGAUUCCCUUCUCAGCCGCGGCGCAGCUCUUCCAUCCAAAGCAAGCGGCCGCUGGGCACGGCAUCCCCUCGCUGCACAAGGACAGGCCGCGGUUUGACUUCGCCAACCUGGCCCUCGCUGCCACACAGGAGGACCCGCCGAAAGCUGCGGAUCUGGCCAAGUUGGCGUCAGGACUAGGGGGGACCAUCUCCGAGCUGAGCAAGCUGUCCCCGGAAAGAAAACCCACGCGGGGCAGACUGCCGUCCAAAACUAAAAAGGAAUUUAUUUGCAAGUUCUGCGGCAGGCAUUUCACCAAGUCCUACAACCUCCUCAUCCACGAGAGGACCCACACAGACGAGCGGCCGUACACCUGUGACAUUUGCCACAAGGCUUUCAGAAGACAAGACCAUCUCAGAGACCACAGAUACAUCCACUCCAAGGAAAAACCUUUCAAAUGUCAAGAGUGUGGGAAAGGAUUCUGUCAGUCUCGAACUCUAGCCGUCCAUAAAACCUUACAUAUGCAGGAGUCUCCCCACAAAUGCCCCACAUGCGGAAGAACCUUUAAUCAAAGAAGUAACCUGAAAACUCACCUUCUCACCCAUACAGACAUCAAGCCCUACAGCUGUGGCCGCUGCGGAAAGGUGUUUCGGCGCAACUGUGACUUGCGACGGCACAGUUUGACGCACAGCCCACAUCAGGACUACUAGGCUGGACAGACUAAAAAAAAAUAACAAAGGACAAAACGCAGGAAGACAAGUCACGCCACCGUUCUUCCUAUUCCUAUCCCCCCAACCUCCACCUCCACCUCCACGUUUUACCCUUGUUGUUCAAAGACAGUCUCCAAAUCAUGGACACGUUUACUGACGCGCGUUUGGAGUUUGCUUGCACCUGAAGUGGGACAACAGCGGAGCCGAGACCACGUCCAGCUUCCAAAACCACCUGUAAAUACCAUGUACAUAAUGUCCUUGUUUUUUUGUUUUUCUUUUUUUUCUUUUCUGAUCCUGAAAUUAUAAAAGUUGUCAAAACUGUCAUAAGUUUAAAGUAUGUUAAAGUGUAUUUUAGAAAAAAAUAAAUAUUUCCAUGAUA